GGAAAAACGAAAUGAUCUAGGCAGCGUAUGCUGGCAAAGAGAAGAGUGCUUGGUAAACUCCGCGUCACGGGCCUUACGGCAUUCGCGGGUGGUGUGUUAGUGCGUCUUCGUCCACGUGGAAAUGUUUGGUUCUUUUCCAUACAAAAAGAUGGCUCUAGCAAACUCGCUAGCCCGCAAAGCGGGCACUGCUACAAGCAGGCCUGUGCCCUUCACUAGUCGCGUUAGCGUGGCGGCAAAGGCCCGCGUCGCUCUACCUGUACCAUCAUUUAACAGGCAGAACCAACAGAUAGUUUGCCAGGCUGCCGCUGUUGAUGUGGCGGAGAAGCCGCAGAAGCUUCACCCUUCACCACUUAGCAUUGCACCUCCGUCGACCUACGCCAUCGUGGAGAUCGGAGGCACGCAAAUGUUUGUCGAGCCCGGCAAGUGGUACACCUGCAACCGGCUGAAGGCGGAUGUGGGGUCCAAAAUUCAGUUUGGCCGUGUGCUUGCGCUCAAGCAUGACGGCAAGCUCACCGUCGGCAAGCCUUAUCUCAGCGACGUAGCAGUCGAGGCGGAGAUUAUUGAGGAGUUCCGUGGCCCAAAGGUGAUUGUUUACAAGAUGCAGCCCAAGAAGCACUACCGGCGCAAGCAGGGCCACAGGCAGGAGCUCUCCAAGUUUAUGGUCACAAAGAUCGAGGCGCAGUAAGCGCCGUGUACUGUUAACUUGUGGCUGCAAUUCAUCGCUGGAGCUUCAAGCAGCUGUAAAGAUUGAGAGCUGUGUCCAUGUAGCAGCGGAGCGAGCUGGGUGGGAUGGUCAACCUGGGCUCGUGUUUCAGGAGGGAUCGCGCACCCACCUGAUGGGUACCAUAAGGGGAGCGCUUGGUAUAGAAUAGGAUUGCAUCCCCAUCGCAUUUUUCCUGGUUGGCGAUGGGGUAUGUAGGGAGCGGGCAUGGGUUACAGCGCCAAUGGCGCACAUGUUCGACGCUGUUGGACAGUUUAGGUGCUAGCAGGUCUGCAUGAGGGGGCUGCGGCAGUUCAAGGAAACGGAGACAGAUGCGCAGUUACCUAUGGCGCUGCGUGGUGCGGGGAGGAUGCCGCCUGUUGAUGCCUUAUCUUGCACGAAUCGUGGCUUUUGGCACUCGAGACUGCUGCUGUGCUCGGGAAGAGCUCUCGUUUGGACGGCGUUGCGUUGACUGUGACAAGACGGGUGGCGCGUAUCGAAUCCCCGAGCUGUCCUCAUCGUGUGCUGUGUUGGGGUUGAGGUGCCGUGGCGGUUGGUGGUGGGCGUGUGAGGUUUCGUAGCCUUGCACGCUCUGUAAGGCAAAUAUACGAAUAUUCAAAAAAAAUGUCCACAAUUUCCAAGGCUGGAGUUUCAAUGACAGCCAGCGCCUAGUGGGGCACGCUUCCUACAAGGAGAGUACAAACGGGUCUUUCAGGCCAGCAUGGGAAUGUUUUAAGGAGAACCUCCACAACCGCAC